CAGCUCACCAGCAUCGAAAAUUUUUAUGAUUUCUCGUCGCGUUUAUGCUCUCAUAAUGGAAUCCGAAAAAUUCCAUUAUAAUUUGUAGUUUUGUGGUGGUAAAUCGUCAAAUUUGUGCGAAUAUUAUAUCUCCUUAGUAAGCUGAAGAAAACCCAAAUAGCAUCAACGGUUCACAAUGGCUCGACAACUAAAUCCUAACCAGCAAAAGAUAUCGGAAAAGCUGAUCAUUCUUAACGAUCGCGGCGUUGGGAUACUGACUCGAAUCUACAACAUCAAGAAAGCAUGUGGCGACACCAAAUCCAAACCUGGAUUUCUUUCCGACAAAGCCCUCGAGUCCUCUAUCAAGUUUAUCGUCAAAAGAUUUCCCAACAUCGACGUCAAGGGAUUGGCAGCAAUUACCAACAUCAAAUCGGAGAUCAUUAAAUCUUUGUCACUCUAUUAUUAUACGUUCGUUGAUUUGCUGGAUUUCAAGGACAAUGUUUGCGAAAUUUUAACCACCAUGGAUGCGCUGCAAAUCCACCUGGAUGUUACUCUUAAUUUCGAACUUACCAAAAACUAUAUGGAUUUGGUAACAACUUACGUGUCAUUGAUGAUUCUACUGUCUCGAGUAGAAGACAGGAAGGCUGUUCUUGGUUUGUUCAAUGCUGCAUUCGAAAUGCAAAAUCAGCAAAGCGAUCAAAGCUUCCCACGAUUGGGUCAAAUGAUAAUUGAUUACGAUGUCCCUGUGAAGAAACUGGCUGACGAGUUUAUACCUCAUCAACGACUGCUGUCUAGUGCAAUAACAUCGUUAGCGAAGAUAUACCCAAUGCGAAACUUGAGUGCCGAAAAAUGGCGCGAGUUGCAGCUACUCAGUUUGGUUGGAACACCGGCUACUCUUUUGAAGGCUGCCAAAACUGACACCAUGUCUUGCGAGUAUGUUUCUCUAGAAACGCUUGAUCGCUGGGUUAUUUUCGGAUUAAUGCUGCAGCACCAAUUACUUGGCCAUCAAGAUUUAAUAACCUCGAUGUGGAUUUCCGCACUAGAUUCCAGCUGGGUCGUUGCCUUGUUUCGAGAUGAAGUCAUCUACAUUCACCAGUACAUCAUAAACACGUUCGAAGGCAUGAAAGGCUACGGCAAACGAAUAUCCGAGGUUAAAGAGUGCCAGAACCAAGCACUACAAAAGGCAGGUCUAUUGCACCGAGAAAGACGAAAGUUUCUUCGCACAGCGCUAAAAGAACUUGCUCUGAUUAUGACAGAUCAGCCGGGAUUGUUGGGACCCAAGGCGUUACUCGUUUUCAUAGGACUAUGCUAUGCGCGGGAUGAAAUUUUGUGGCUACUUCGACACAACGAUAACCCGCCAGUUGUGAAGAACAAAGGCAAAUCCACAGAAGAUUUAGUGGAUCGCCAAUUGCCCGAACUCCUUUUCCAUAUGGAGGAAUUAAGGGCGUUAGUCCGCAAGUACAGCCAAGUUAUGCAGCGGUACUACGUGCAGUAUCUAUCGGGCUACGACGCUCUAGACCUCAACCUUAAAAUGCAGCAACUGCAGGUUUGCCCGGAAGAUGAAAGCAUCAUUUUAUCCUCACUUUAUAAUUCGGCUGCAUCUCUGAACGUAAAGCAGGUGGAAGAUAAUGAAACUUUCGAUUUCCGGGCAUUCCGUCUGGAUUGGUUCCGCUUGCAAACCUUUAUGAGUGCCAAAUCAGCGAUUCGAAUCGUUGAUUUCCCAGACCUAGCACGGCUGCUGGAUUCAAUGAUUUUCCAUACAAAGAUGGUUGAUAAUUUAGAUGAAAUUUUGGUUGAAACGUCAGAUUUGUCUAUUUUCUGCUUCUACAACAAAAUGUUCGAAGACCAAUUUCACAUGUGCUUGGAAUUCCCAGCACAAAAUCGAUACAUAAUAGCAUUCCCACUGAUCUGCAGCCACUUCCAGAACUGCACACAUGAGAUGUGUCCCGAAGAAAGACACCACAUUCGGGAGCGGUCCCUUUCGGUGGUUAAUAUGUUCCUGGACGAAAUGGCCAAAGAAGCGAAAAACAUCAUCACAACCAUUUGCGACGAGCAGUGUAUGAUGGCGGAUGCGUUACUACCAAAGCAUUGCGCGAAAAUUUUAUCUGCCGCCGCUAGCCGAAAAAAGAAAGAUAAAAACAAGAAACACAUGGAUGACAUACGUAGACCGGGAGACGAAAGUUAUCGAAAAACUCGCGAAGAACUCACUAAAUUGGAUAAACUCCACAUGGCACUCACGGAACUUUGCUUUGCUAUUAACUAUUGUCACACAGUCAAUGUUUGGGAAUAUGCAUUUGCUCCUCGUGAGUAUCUUUGUCAGCAUCUGGAAACACGCUUUUCCCGCGCCCUGGUCGGCAUGGUUAUGUAUAAUCCGGAUACUAUGGAGAUAGCCAAACCUUCAGAACUCUUAGCCUCCGUGAGAGCAUAUAUGAAUGUUCUUCAAACGGUUGAAAAUUAUGUUCAUAUUGAUAUAACUCGAGUGUUCAACAACUGUUUACUUCAACAAACGCAAGCCCAAGAUAGCCAUGGGGAGAAAACGAUUGCAGCUCAUUACAAUACCUGGUAUUCAGAUGUGCUUCUUCGUAAAGUGAGUGGUGGAAAUAUCGUAUUUUCACUCAAUCAAAAAGCCUUCGUUAGCAUCACAGCUGAAGGAUGCAUUCCAUUCAACCCGGAAGAAUUUUCCGAUUUCAACGAACUACGGGCUCUAGCUGAACUGAUAGGUCCCUACGGAAUUAAACUGCUGAACGAAUCACUCAUGUGGCACAUAGCUAAUCAGGUACAAGAACUCAAACGAAUGGUAACCCUAAACAAGGAAGUUUUGAUAAUUUUGCGAAGCAAUUUUGACAAACCGGAAAUAAUGAAAGAACAAUUCAAACGGCUUCAACAAGUGGACAAUGUUCUGCAGCGGAUGACCAUAAUAGGAGUCAUCCUAAGUUUUCGCCAGCUUGCCCAAGAAGCACUCGUAGAUGUGCUUGAUUCUCGAAUACCAUUUUUGCUUUCUUCGGUAAAAGAUUUCCAAGAGCAUGUGCCGGGAGGAGAUCCUCUUAAAACCGUGUCUGAAAUGGCCUCAGCUGCAGGGCUUAAGUGCAAAGUUGAUCCAGCUCUCCUUAAUGCCCUCAAAGCACAGAAACCGGAGCUGGACGAAGGCGAACAUCUGAUCGUUUGUCUUCUUAUGGUAUUCGUAGCUGUGUCGAUUCCAAAGUUAGCCAAAAAUGAAAACUCGUUCUAUAGAGCCUCUCAAGAAGCACAUACGAAUAACACCCACUGCAUGGCUGUAGCUGUAAAUAAUAUUUUCGGUGCUAUGUUUACAAUCUGCGGCCAGAAUGAUAUCGAGGAUCGGAUGAAAGAAUUUUUGGCUUUAGCCAGUUCCUCCUUGCUUCGACUUGGACAAGAAUCAGAUAAGGAAGCGAUUAAAAACCGUGAAUCAAUCUACCUUCUGCUGGAUCAGAUUGUACAAGAAUCGCCGUUCCUCACAAUGGAUCUAUUAGAGUCGUGCUUCCCGUAUGCUUUGAUCCGGAAUGCAUAUCAUGCCGUGUAUAAACAAGAGCAAUUGUUGAUGCAUUGAAAUGACAGUACGUAUUGGUAUAUUUCUUUGCAAUAACCAUCUACAUAUUUAGCAAGCUUCAAUCGAGAAAUAUUACACAUUCUCCAUUAUUCGCAAAGAUGGUUUAUUAUCUACCUUCAUGUUGACAGUGUGUGAGCAUUCAAAAUAAAAUAUUAUCUACACAUCUUCAUAAGCCAACUAAAUAUUUCAAACUUCAAUGAAGCAUCAAAAAAAUGUCUUGUUUGAUUGUAAAACUUUCCAAACAUCUAAAUUAUGACAUCCAUAUAUUAUUAUCAAAUAUUAUAUAAGUAAGUGCUAAAAGUGAAACCCAACAUUAAUAAAAGGCAAUAUUUCAUAAUAUUAUAAUAAAUAUUUAGUAAAAGCUA